UCACUGCGACGGGCGCCCACAAGUGCCCAUAGGAAACAUUAUUCAACCGAUUUGAAUUUAAAAAAAUCGAAGUUUUGGCAGGUAAGAUAUUGUCAACAGCGCUACUCAACUGAGUAAUUCAACCGCCCAAUCGAAACAGACAAGCAUGUGCACGAUGUUUUACACACCACAUACGUGUGGAUGCCAGAAGGACUCAAAGUUUGUCCAAUGCGAGGCACACCAAGGUACAAACGUCCGUUGUUCCCGGUACGCUAGGGAACAGCUGGGCCAGGCAGGAAACUAUUGCGAGAAUCAUCUCGUGAAAGACACUGCACCUCUACAGAUGCGUCAGUGAAUAAAGAACCGGCAGAGCCAGCCAGUAGUACCAAAGUAGUACUAGUACAGGCUAUAAGUAACUCCUACGAUGUGUGUAUGGUGAAAUUAGAGUUAAGGUGAAGUUGUCUCGUCAAGGCGUCUUGUACGUCUUCUGUUGACUCGAGCACUGUCACGGUUGUAGGUGCUUUGAGCGAUAACAAGACGAGUGUACUGAAUAAAUAGAAUAAACCAACAUGAACCCAGAAUUUUG